UCCUGUGUCGACUCAGAGCCUGAAAACACUCAGAAUGACGUUGAAGCGUCUCUGUGGAAGUUUAACUUUGUUCGUCUCUCUGGGAGAUUAAACAGUUUUCUGCCUCUUGUAGGUUCUUAAUCAUGGAGGAAGAACUGAAUUAUGCAAAUGUGACUUUUAAGACUAUUGGUGUCUUCACACACAUCGACUCAGAAAAAUUGAGCCUUAAAGAAAUAAUUUACGACGAGGUGAAGACAGAGGAGAAGACGCAGGACACACAUCCGAUCAUAACAGAAAAUGAAAAGAGAGCUCAGUUUCACCCUCUGCCAUUUUUGGGGAUGAUCUGCUUCAUCCUGCUGCUGGCCAUCAUCAUCCUCAGCGUCUACUUCACGUCUGAGCAGAGGAGACAGUCAGGCAUUUUAACGAAGCAGAAUCGGAAGCUGGCGGCGGUGAGUGCAGCUUUACGGAGACGAACAGCAGAACUGCACCGAGAGAGAAACCGACUCAACUGGACUCUAGACGUCAUCCUGGAAUACAACAACUUUCCUGCGGCUGAACGCUGCCCACAGAAACAGUGUACGCCUUGCCCGAACGGCUGGGCGAUGUUUCAGUCAAACUGUUACCUGUUUACAAAAGACGAGUACAGCAACAAGUGGAAAACCUGGCAGCAAAGUCAAGAGUUUUGUGUGAGAGAGAAUGCAAAGCUGGCGGUGAUCGACAGCCAGGAGGAGCAGGAAUUUAUAAACAACAAAACAAAAAUAUACCACGAUAAAAAGCACGGCUACUGGAUCGGGUUAAAGAAAGACACGGAGGACAUGUGGACGUGGUCAGGCGGCCGGAACCUCUCUGUGACCUUCUGGUCGACAGAAGAAGCUGGAAAUCGACUCUCCUGUGGUUUAAUUAACCCGCAUCUCAACAAUUCAUCCAACUGGGCCAAAACCAGCUGCGACAUGAAGAACCGCUGGAUCUGUGAGACCAGAGUCCUGAUCCGACCCGAUUAGGAUCCACAAACUGAACCAGUAUUUAUAACUAUUUAAAACUUAAACUGUUAAAACCUUUCUGUGUUUCCUGUUUAUUUAAAAGGAUCUGAUGAAACGCCUCAGACAGGAUCUCUGGAUUUAUUUCUGUGCUUAAAUAUUAAACCAGGCACAUAAUUUAUACUGAGAAGAUGAAGCUCCGUUGUUUCCUACAGACACUGAUGAUGUAUUUUAGCUCUGCAUGUUUUUCCAUCCUAACAGGAUUUCUAAUGCUAAACGUUUCUGGAAAAUCUGUCAUUUUAUUUGUUUUUAAAAUAAACAAUUAAAAUUUCUA